AUGUCAGCGUACGGUGAAGCCUAUUACACCACUUAUUUACUGUCGCCCCUGGGUGUACCCACUAAUUGGGGAUGUGUAUCUCCCGAGUCGUACGAGCAUUACUCAGAAGAAUCUUCAUAUCCAGAGCCGAUAAGGAAUAAGAGUCGAGUGACACCGCUAGUUUUGAGGAAGAGAAGACUUGCCUCCAACGCUAGAGAAAGGCGGCGGAUGCAGAACUUGAACCAGGCCUUCGACAGAUUGAGGACUUUCCUUCCACAAUUGGGACAAGAUCGACAGCUAUCCAAGUACGAGACUUUGCAGAUGGCACAGACUUACAUCACAGCAUUGUACGAUCUACUGGACCAGCCUGAGGUUAGACAAUAA